AUGGUCACUGGUGCCGAAGAUUGUACUGACGUCCAGUGUCACGCCCCGCUGCCAGAAGCACGCGUCGCCGACGGCGUCCUCGAAGGCCGCCUUACGGUGCUCGCCGUCAUUAUGCCACUCGCAUAUGAAGUUGAAGUAGAAGGCGAACAGGUCGUCUGGCGUCCGGGGCGGGCGAGUGAGGAGGCAAUUCAGGAAGCCGCACAGCCUGAGGGCGCCGAGGACGUCCAUGAUGCGUCGCCCUGUACCCGCACGGGAGGCCAGCCUGGUGAUGUUGGAGAGGCCCAUGGGCGUCUUGCACGGCAGGCCGGGUGA